GGCGCCCGACUUGCGCAGCAAACAAACCUCCUGUCGCAAGACAGUCAGCUGUCUUUCUUCGGUGCAACUUGCGCGUGCGAUUCUCUACUGUCACAAACCGCCGCCCGUGUUUACACCGUGACAAGAUUAAACCGUUUAACGUUGUUCUGCGUACGAUCGGUGCUGAUUAUCCGCCUCGAAAUAGGAGGCUUACGCAUCAGGACAUCAAUAGACGCUGAUCGACCUGCCUGACUCUCGCUCAUAUAGUAAAGCCCACCAGGGCUUGGCUAACAAAAACACUAAAAUUCCAACUUCUCUCUGCGUGUAUUUGAUGAGAGGAAAACAACUUUGCAGUACCUUUUGAUGUUCUGAUAAACCAAAUCUCUAAGCACCACAUUUUCCUUCCUCAAUCGGACUUUUGAAGAACAUCCUAAACGUCUUAUGCUGUGACGAAGAUGACGCUAAAAAUCCUGCUGCUCCUGGCGGCUUUGGUUGGGUCAGCCGUUUCUUUCAACGGUGAAUUGGAGGAGCAAGAAUGUCCCGUUGACUGUCAUUGCCAUUAUUUUCGGAUCAACUGGGUGACGGAUUGCUCCGAGAGCAACCUGACCACGAUUCCUUACAACGAGCUCAGCCCGAAUGUUUACAUUUUGGAUAUGAACGGAAAUAACAUUGCUGAAAUUUCCCCAUUUCCCCAAGGGAUUAAAAUGAGGCGUUUGCAAAUGGCGCACAACCGUCUGACUCGUCUAACUCGCGAGUCUUUUGCCGGACUCGCUUAUCUCCUCGAUGCUGACUUCUCGUACAACAUGAUCACCACCAUUGAUCCAGAUACGUUCGGGGACAGUCCGGGUCUAAUAACGUUGGAGCUGCAGAACAAUCCUCUGUCCCAUAUCGACGGUCACUUUUUGAAGUCACGUUCUCUCCUGUACCUGGACAUAAACUCCUGCGGUAUUCAUAGUCUCAGCACCGAAUUCUUCUACAACACAACAGCACUGAACAAACUCGACCUCUCUAACAAUCCCCUGGAGAGAAUCGAUCCGGAGCCGUUCAACCAUUUGACGAAUCUGGAGUACCUGCAGCUAAACAAUUGCAACCUCUCCUUCGUCUCGCCGGAGGCGUUUGUGCACCUCGAGAAUCUCCGUGAACUUGAGAUGAGGAACAAUAAGCUCGGAACGCUUUCCUGGAAGAGCGUUCUGCAUCCCAUGACGCGCCUGGAACGCCUCGACAUCCGGAAUUCGAGUAUCGUUACGUUGCCGGGCGACGCCUUCUCGGAGAAUCUGUACCUCCGUCAGCUGAACCUGGCUGAAAAUGAGCUGCGUCAUCUCGACGUGGGCAGCACGCUGGGUCACAAUCUGCAGAAUCUGCAGUCCCUUGACCUCUCCAACUGCAACCUGAAGGACCGCCUGACCGAGGAGGCCUUCAGGAAUGCGAGCAAACUGCGCGUUCUUCACUUGGACGGAAAUCCGCUCUUUGCCUCCGACCUGACGGCCGUUUUGGGUCAUCUUCCGAAGCUGCAGAAACUAUCAUUGAGCAACUGCGGGCUAAAUAAAUUACCCGAGGCCUUCCACGUCCUUCAGGAUCUUCAGGAGCUGAAGAUAUCUCACAACCCGCUUAACAACGCUUUCGUCAGUCUUCUGAAUCCGCUCGAGUCGCUCGAGUAUCUCGACAUGUCCUACAGCAACUUGGGCUACGUCGGUAACGAGACUUUCUCCAAAAUGACUAUGCUCAAGCGACUCAUUCUCUCCGGGAAUAAACUCCACACCCUCGAGCAAGGCCUCUUCACAAACCUCACGCGGCUCGAGAGCCUUGAACUCAACUACUGCGACCUGAAGACGCCGAUAAACCCGAACGUCUUCGGAGAUCAUCCAUACACCAGUAUCGUGGAGCUCAAGCUAAGUGGAAAUCCUCUCGUAGUCCCGGAGAGCGAGCCACUGUUGCCCAGGCAGUUGUCACGGCUGGAAACACUCGAUCUGAGCAACUGUAACAUAACGAAUUUCUCCAUCGACUCGUUCAUUAACUCACGGAAUUUGACGCGUCUCAAUUUGUCUGGGAAUAGGUUGUCUUCCAAGGAGAGUCUUGAGUUUUUGAAGAAGCUUCAUCUUCUCGAGUGGCUCGAUCUCAGCAGCAACAACUUCACUUCGAUUCGCCCGCACGUUUUCAGGCUUAAUCCCCGACUCAGGCACUUAAACCUGAUCGGUAAUCCCUUCAAAUGCGACUGCGACGUUGUUGAAAUGUGGACCUGGGCUAAUCGCGUCAAAAAUGACCUUCACAUACUCGCUGGCAGUCAGCCAGCCGAGUUUUCUGCCGGUUCUGCGAAGUUCAAGAAGACCCUGACGUGCGCCUACGACGAAGAUAUCUUCAGGAGUAUGGUGGACCAGAACCGUGAGGCGACUGCCGAUAGACGGAAUUUCAUGAGGAAAAGCGAUUUCACGCCGCACAGAACUUGGGCGAAAUACGUCAAGGAAUCAAGCUGCGCAAAAUCAUGACUUUUGGAGUCCGGUUUUCGACAUCCGGUCAUACAGGCUCAUCGGAGAAAUCCCAUAGAUCGGGAACUAUGAGCUGAAAACAUUACUCUGGUUGUUAGACGGCUCGAUUUAAGGGGGUAGAUGCGAGUGAGCGGCGAAAAAGUGGAUAAUUUUCGAAAAUGUAUAUUUUGACAACCGAUUAUGCAAUUGAAUUGGGGUUUAUUUUAUUCAAAAGUACCUAGAUCGAGCUUUAUUGGAUAUCUUUUUUAUUGAAAUUAAUUCACAGGAAGUAUUGUUAUCGAGAAUAACGACAAACAUUUCGCUCGGAGGCAUAUUUCGCCGUGAUCUCGAUAUUUCAAAAACGGUUCCACUGACUUACAUUAAAUUUCGAGACAAUAUUCUUGACCAAUUCAACCUAUUCACCACGAUCCAACAAUUUUUGAUAACAUUACCAACAUAAUAGCAACUUUACACAGUUAAAAUUCGAUUUUUUGUCCAAAAUUACACAGCUUUUUUUAAUUAAUUGAACAAAGUAAGAUUGAACAAACCAGCAUCGUGGAAAACUAUGUACGAGUACUGUCUAAAAAUUUUAAGUAGUCGUUACAGUCAUUUAUGUAAUAUCAUGAGCAGUACAAAACGUGUCACAUAGCGAACUAAUUGACUUCAUUAUCAAUAGCAGUGCUUCCUAUUAAUUGAUGAAAAAUUAAAAAAAUUGAAAUGAAGCUCGAUAUUCAUACUUUUGAAAAAAAAAUCCUAUUGAAUCGAAUAAUUGUUAUAUAUAAUAAGUGUUAAUAACUGUUUCUUGACAUAUAAAUUCCUAAUAUUCACCCACUCUUUCAGCCAUCUACACGUAUAUAGCCGUAUAAGUUUAUUAAGAUGAAAAUUCGUGGGUACUCAUCUCAAUGUAAAAAUAUAUCAUAUUCGUAUAUUCUGGUGAAAACUCUCAAUAAUGUCUGUAGGGGAUGAGCUGACGCAAAAAUGUUUGAUUCAAUUAUUCUACAAACCUUAAACCGUUGUCUUGUGCUUUUCAGUGAAGCAAUGAAAAUCUUUCGAACAGACAUUGAAUGAAUUGUAAAUAUUUUGGAUCAAGGUGAAAAUUUUAAGACUCUUCGAUAUUAGUGUCAAUAUCGAUUCGAUUAUUCAGUGGCUGAUCGUAGAUAAUUGUAACGUAUAGGUCGAUUUUGAUGGUCAAGCAGAGAACAAAAAGUCUAGGUAGCGUUCGUGAACUUCAAUCUUAUGUUGCCGGUUGGCCUAUUUGAUGAAUUGUAGUGUGUAAGUUAUAAUUGGAAUUAGAACAGAUUGGUGAAAUUACGAACCUUGAAAAACAACUUGUGAAAUUUGUGGGGAUUUUUCUACCAACUCCGAGGUGGAAUUUGAGGUAUUUCACAUAAAACCUGUUCUUUACGAUUUUAUGUUCUGUGUUGUGAAAUCUUUUUAAAAGUUAUGAAGUUACCACUGAUAAGCAAGGUGGUCAGAAAUCCUUUAAAAAUGACAGAACUUCCUUUUGAAGGUAUAGUAACAUAUCCAAAAGUUGGGAAAAGAUUGGCCAUCGAAGUUGGCGAACCCGUGCAAUAACAUAUCGCCGAGUUAAGUUGCUUGUUGGUCCCGUUCGACAUCGAAGCAAUUAUAAUCAAGACUCUAGAAUUUCAAAUUUGGACAACACUGUGUCCAUAGCUAUACUGAGCCUGCUUGGUUAUUAUGCACAAUGUCUUUUUACUCUAUAAAUUACUAAUUUUUAAAUUAUUGAGAGAAAAUUCAAUUCCAUUAUUUUAUUCGAUAAGAAAAGUUGUAUCCAGGGAAUACUGAAGUACGUGUGAUUUGGUAUGAGGAAGUAAUCGAAAUGACUAUUGAAAUUGUAUGAAUGGUAGUACUCACGAAUUACAUAAACAUAUAUUAUAAGACAACAGUAAGUUAUUCUAAUUUUGUCGUGGCGAUGAUUAAUAUAUAACGCUUCAGUAAAUUAUAAUUUUGAAUUCUAGAGUGAAUUCAAAUACUUAUUGUAUGAAAAUUAUGUGUAGUAAACGGUUCAAACUCCUGGUUAAAGCGUUUAAGAAACUCAAUCACAACGUUGAGCGAGCUCUGAAAUGGUUUGUCUGUGAAUUGGUUGAAUACCACGCUUAACGUUGGGACAAAAACUUUCAAGUGUUUGUCCGUUUCUUUUACAUUUUACCUACUACUAGUUUCAUUAUUCGUCCUACUUUAUCCAUCAAUAUUAUUUUCAACUUGCAUUUGUUAAUUCCAUUUACACGUUAGAUAUUAGGCCUGAUAAUUACUAACCGAUAUGAAUUGAAGCUGGAUUCCAGGAGCCACAUGUUGUAAGAAAAAAAGAAUAAAAUUAUGGGUUUCUAGUUAUGCUUAAAACUAAUUAUAAGUUUGACAGUCUUACAUAAUUCUUAAGGUAUGAUUGGUGAUUCCGUAAAAUGAUAAUGGAAUAGGAAAGUUGCAUAGUUAAUUGAUAUUUUACAAAAAAGUUGUGAUAGAAAUUGAUGUGCAUAAGAUUAAGCGAAGUGAUACAUAUAAUUUUAUAUUUUUAUUUUGUAAUUAGCCAUUUAGUGUGGUUUAUCUUGUCAAGUGUAAUUUUUUUUUCACGAAUCUUGACCAACGGAUCAAUAAAUAAA